GCACAUUGUUGCACAAGAAAACAUUCCAACGUAAUAAACGACGUCUGGUUUGAAUUCGAAAACUUUCUUUGUUGUUGGAUCUUUUCAAUGAAUCAUUUGAACUGUUUAACUAAAACGUCUCGACAUACAGUAGCAAUCGUAUUUUUAACGUGGACGUAAAAGAAUCACUGAACCGGUUCUACGAAACGAAUUGUUCAAAAGAGUCGAACUCCAAAUUGCAACAUUCAUCGACCACGUGACUAGUUUUACGCCAAUGAAACCAUACCAGGAAGACUUGCAGACAGCGCGUGCAACAAAAUUAAGUCGGCGACAAAUUAAUAUAGAUAUUAUUAAAUUAUCCAAUUUGUCAGACGUAUUCGUUGUAACUCUGACUAGUUGUUAUUGACAAAUUGUGUUUGUUAGCACUUAUUUAUAAUUUGCCCUCCAGCAGCCCCGCGUUUGACGUUUGUAUCUUGAACUAAUUUCAAGAUGCAAGAAUUAUUGUUAUUACUAUUAGCUUAAAAAAGUGACAAUUUGAACCAACUAAAAACUGUUGUAUCUAUGUAACCAACGUUUGAAAAUGAAGAAUGUGGAAGAAACAUGUUGUGUUGUCACAGUGUCCGAGAAGCCACUCAACCUCACAUCUGGAUCUCAGAAUAAAGAACUAAGCUGUAGUGGAGUGUUUCUGAAUUACCAGGCUGGGAUUGUAGUCUGUAGUGGCAUUUUGUUCUCACGCUUUAUCAAUGACAGACAGUGCAUGGAGAAAAACGCGAAAAUUUUACAUUCCGAGAGUUUCACUAAAGAGAUACAAGUUAGUUUAGAUUACAUUCACCUUUGUGCCAACCAAUCGUGUGCAACGGACAGACGCAAUACGAGCCGUCAAGAGGCUCAACUGUUAAUGAUGAUCAAUUGUGUGGAGUUUCAAGAUGCAUUUCAGAAGAUCUUCAAAGGGGCUGAUAACUGGGGCUUUUGUAGUGGCACAUUGGAUACAGAAGUUCUAGAAGACUCCAGGUUUUUAAGUUGGUUUGCACUUUUAAAAGUGCCGACUUCAUCCUCAUGCACCUGUAAGGAAACUAUUCCAUGGGUGGAGAGUGGCAGUCUUAAAAAGGGAUGUCAUGUCAUCGCAUGUGGCUCUCCUUUUGGUGCUCUCUGUCCAGACCUCUUCAUGAACACAAUUAGUAAAGGUAUAAUUAGUAAUCUGGCAGGUCAUGAGAAUGCCCUGGUCCUGACUGAUGCCCGCUGCUUGCCUGGCACCGAAGGAGGUGGUGUUUUUAUUAGUAAAGGAAACAGAUCUUACCUUGUGGGUUUGAUCGUUUCACCACUUUGCUGGAAAUCAGAUAAAUGGAUUGGACUGACACUUGUGUGCUCGGUUCACCUGAUUCUGAAAAACAUGCUAAAGGCUGGUGCCAUCCAGGAGUCACUGAUAGAAAAGUCAUCUCAGUUAAUUACUGGCUCUUUUCAAGAUCCAUUAACUACAAACCGAAAACCAGGCUCUGAAUUUUUCACUGGAGUUCUGCUGAUUGAGAGCGGCCAUCUGUGGGGUUCUGGUGUGCUGCUAAACCAGAAUCUGGUUCUGACCUGCAGGCAUGUAGUGAAUGAAAAAUCUGAGCUCACAGUCAGAGUCAACUUUGGAGAAAGAUUUCAUGCAGUAAGUGGUAAGGUGCUGUAUUCAUCAGCACCAUCAUCUCCCUAUGAUAUCGCUGUAAUGGAGCUUCAGGAACCUCUUGCCGCCUCCGUAAAAACACAGUUUACCACAUACCUUCACCCAGGUGAGGAUGUGCUUGUUGUGGGUUAUGGAGCUUUAGGGAGCAGCUGUGGCCCUUCAUUGACCUCAGGGAUCUUAUCCCGAGUUAUUACCCAUCAGUCACGUCCUGUGAUGCUGCAGACUACUUGUGCUGUGCAGUCUGGAGCCAGUGGUGGUGCUGUACUUCGUUCUGCCACUGGAGAAUUGUUAGGUAUCGUGUCCAGUAACACAAGAGACUUUGCAGCAAAAGUGACAUAUCCCCACCUGAACUUCAGCAUCCCAGUGACUGUUCUGGAGCGUCUGCUGAGAUGUUUUGCUCAAACAGGAGAUGCUGCUGUGUUUAAGGUCUUAGACAGUGCAGAGGACGAUGUCAGGAAGAUAUGGAGACUACAAAGCCUUCAAAGCAAGCUUUAAUCAAUCUCCAACAUUUCAGUGAAACUUUAAAAUUCUUUGAACUUGACUAUUUAAGAAUACACAAAAAAUCCUGCUUAUUUUCCUGCAUCCCUUAAACUGAUUUUAAUUUUUAUCAGAUACAAGCAAGUGAAUCUAAGGACUGGUCAAUACAAAAUGUUAUUUUCAGCACUAUGUCAUAUAACCCUACAUUUGUAACGAUUUUGGAUUAAAAAUACAUUUAUCAUACAUUUUUAAACAUUAUAACUAAAUAAAACAAACUGAGUAAAAAAAGUUUUCAGCCCUGGUUUCUAAUUCCAAUUUUAGAAUGUUUGCUGCACUGUAUCACUAAUAUAUGAAUGUGUGCCAACACUAAAACAAUGCAGUGUUACAGCAGAGCUUCAUCAUGCGCUUUUUCGUAAAAUAGUUAGAAACCAGGGAUGAAAACCAGAAAUGGUUAGAAACCAAGGAUUUUAGAUUGAUACCAAGCAAGCUACACUGGAUUGCUAAAAUAUGAAAUGUAUGUCAAUAAUGAAUCAAUGCAGUAUAAUCAAUAGAGUAUAAUAGCAGAUAAUUAUAAUUUCAUCAUGCACAUUUUUUCUUCUUAAUGUUAAAUGAGGUUUAAUUUUCUUAAUGACAAUAAGUGAAUAUUUGAAAGAUGUGUUUACAGCAUGCCUUCUAUUAAAAUUAAAAUGUCUUUUUGAACUCUC